CUUCCAUUCACCGGCUUCCACCUCUGCCUUUCAGUACUGAUUGAUAUUCGACCAAGUAUCAUCUUUACGAGAAGGACCAUUCCACUUUGCAAAACCUACAUCCAAGCGACCAAAAGGAUUUCUAUUAAUCAUCAAUCAUGUAUAAGCAACUCUACAACAAAGCUCCCAAGGCGGUUUCCGUCAAGGGCUCUUCUGCUCUCCUCUCCAAUUCGUUGAUCUCGGUUCAGCGCGCCUCAAAAAACAUUAAUUCUUCUCCACUCCCGCUUCUGUCCACGAAAGCUAUGUUCCAUCAAGCGACUAGCCCUGCACAUGGAAGCCUUCGCUCUUCCAUCCCUAUGCCACUUUUAUCCUUACGAUCAAGCGUCCACAAGACCGCUAUUUCCAAACAGAUCGGUAUCAAAUCUAUGGCUAGUUCUCAAGCACGAUGGUUCUCCAUGACCCGUGAGAACCAUCAGGAACACCGAAGCUCUGGUUCGGUAGCUGAUAAGACUACAACCAAGAAGCUCGUGUCAGAAGCGAUUCUAGCAGAUGUGCCUCUAGUGGAGGUCAAGAAGGUCCUAGUUGUGGGCUCUGGUGGUCUGACAAUUGGACAAGCUGGCGAGUUUGACUAUUCAGGUUCCCAGGCAAUUAAGGCCCUCAAAGAGUCUAAUAUUCAAACUGUACUUGUCAACCCUAACAUUGCCACUAUUCAGACGUCUCAUGCCCUCGCAGAUACUGUCUACUUUUUACCUCGACCUGAUGGCAUUCUUCUGACCUUCGGUGGACAAACAGCGCUCAAUUGUGGUAUCCAACUCGACAAGAUGGGCGUCUUUGACCGCUUGAACGUCAAGGUACUCGGUACUCCCAUCCGCACUCUGCUCGUCAGUGAAGAUCGCGACCUCUUUGCCAAGGCUCUGAAUGAAAUCGAUAUCCCUGUCGCCCCAAUCUGUUGCAGUUCCGAGGAGAUCGGCUUACCCUGUCAUCUUCGAUCGGCAUUCUCUCUUGGAGGUCUAGGCUCCGGUUUUGCUGCCAAUGCUGCCGAGCUUAUGCUCUCUCGGAACAAAGUCCUUGACUCUUUCAGCCCAGAUUCUGGUCGAAAAGUCUAUGAAGGGAUGGAAGGAGUAGAGUACGAGGUAGUGCGUGAUGCAGCAAACAACUGUAUCACUGUUUGUAACAUGGAAAACUUUGAUCCCCUUGGCACCCACACUGGAGACUCGAUUGUCGUUGCGCCGUCCCAGACUUUGAGUGAUGAGGAAUAUCAUAUGUUGCGGGUGGUUGGAGAAUGUAACGUCCAAUAUGCUCUACACCCUGAGAGCUUAGAGUACAAGGUCAUUGAGGUCAAUGCUCGUCUCAGUCGCUCAAGUGCUUUGGCAUCCAAGGCAACUGGAUAUCCUCUGGCGUUCAUCGCCGCCAAGAUCGCUUUGGGUCAUACACUUCCCAACCUUCGUAAUUCUGUCACUAAGACUACAACUGCUUGCUUUGAACCAUCUUUGGAUUAUAUUGUUACAAAGAUCCCUCGCUGGGACUUGGCAAAAUUCCAGCACGUUUCUCGCGAAAUUGGCUCGUCUAUGAAGUCUGUCGGCGAGGUCAUGGCUAUCGGACGUACGUUUGAAGAGUCUUUCCAAAAAGCAAUUCGUCAGGUUGACCCUCAGUUCAAAGGAUUCCAGGCUCUAGAAUUUCCAGAUGUCGAUAAAGUCUUGGCUAACCCCACUGAUCGCCGCCUCUUCGCAGUUGGUGAUGCUAUGUUAAACAAGGGCUACACCGUUGAUCAAGUCCACAAUAUCACCAAGAUCGAUAAGUGGUUCCUCCACAAGUUAUCAAACAUUGUAGCUGUUCAUAAAGAACUUGGAAAGUUCAAUGUUCAGAACCUUCCCUUUGAGCUUCUGCACGAGGCGAAGCGCAAAGGCUUCUCUGAUGCUCAGAUUGCAGGAUUGUUGCAACAGAAGACUACAGAAGACACUAUCCGCAAGGCUCGUAAACAAAUGGGCAUUACACCUUUCGUGAAACGCAUCGAUACACUCGCCGCUGAAUUCCCUGCCGAUACCAACUAUUUAUACACCACAUACAACGCUUCUUCACAUGAUGUUGAAUUCAAUGAUAAGGGCACCAUGGUCUUGGGCUCUGGUGUCUACAGAAUCGGAUCAUCGGUUGAGUUUGAUUGGUGCGGCCUUGGAAAGAAGACUGUUAUGGUCAACUACAACCCUGAGACAGUUUCAACCGAUUUUGAUGAAUGUGAUCGCCUUUAUUUUGAGGAGCUGUCUUACGAGCGUGUCAUGGAUAUCUAUGAGCAGGAGUCGGCACAAGGCGUUGUUGUCUCCGUUGGAGGGCAACUUCCUCAGAACAUUGCCCUCCGCCUUCACGAAAAUAACGCCAAUGUCCUGGGUACAUCUCCUGUUAUGAUUGACGCCGCUGAGGAUCGCUACAAGUUCAGCAAAAUCCUCGAUUCAAUUGGAGUGGAUCAGCCCGAGUGGAAGGAGCUGACUUCUCUAGACCAAGCGUCCACUUUUGCGGAGCAGGUCGGCUAUCCUGUACUCAUCCGUCCUUCCUAUGUCCUCUCUGGCGCCGCUAUGAACGUUGUCCACACUCCCGAAGCCUUGCACCGCUGUCUCACUUUUGCUGCAGAAGUUUCACCUCUGCACCCUGUUGUCAUCACCAAGUUUAUUUCUGGGGCACAAGAGAUUGACGUCGAUGCCGUUGCCCACAAUGGAAAGCUUGUUUGUUCACGCCAUCUCUCAGCAUUUCUUGGUCACAAUUUCAUCACCACUGCCACCCAUGCCCUCUGUGAUACAGAUGUCCCACAAUUCUCUUGGACUCGUCUUGGUGGUGCUGAUCCAUUCUUGGGAGUUGAGAUGGCGUCAACGGGUGAGGUAGCCUGCUUUGGACGUGACAAGGAGGAGGCUUACCUUGCUGCAAUUCAGAGUGUACAAAAUUUCAAAUUGCCUGCCCCCAAUUCAAGUGUCUUGCUGAGCUCGGAUGACUUGACUACCUCGGGCGAUUUGGCUAAAACGGACAAGGACUUCAAAAAUAUGAUCUUGGACGCGUCGGGUGUCUCCUGCAAGUUAGUUGAUUCGCCUAAUUCGUUGCCAUUGAUGCAUAAGACUAUGGCGAAGGAGAACGUUCAGAUGGUGAUUUCACUUGCACGGAAUCGUGCCCAGAAUGUGGCGGAUAAAGAGUAUAUGAUUCGUCGUGCUGGUGUAGAUGCAGGAAUCUCUCUUAUCAACGAUGAGAAAUGCGGUGCAGAGCGUAAGGCAACGUUGGCACAGAGCAAGGAUGGAUCCAAAAUUCCUCCUGAGGUCAAAUCCUGGGCCGAGUUUGUUGGUGGUCGUUAUUAAGGAUGGAUGUAUUUAUUAGCCA